GUUUUUAACGCGUUUAUUUUUUUUUUCUUUUCUUUUCUUUAACUAUGAGUUACGACAACAGAGGAUAUCGACCUCGUCAAGAAGGUGGCGGUCAUCGUUAUAGAGGUGGUAAUAAUGGUGGUGGACCCAAUCGUUAUCGAGACAACAGAAGAGGUUAUCAACGUCGUCCUUAUGAUCGCCCUCCUCCUCCUCAGGAAAACAAAGAAGACGAUCUUGAAGAUAUUGAAGUGCGUUUAAAGGGUUUGAUUAUCAAGAUUGGUGACAAGUUUACACAUGAUCUCCAAGUCAAUUUGACUAAGAUGAAGAACAUUCUGGACAAUGAUUAUCACAAAUAUCCUACUACAGUACAAGAUACAUUAACAGCAUGUAUUACUGAAUUACCAGCAAAAGCGCCUGUGUAUGGUACAUUGAUUGGUCUCUUAAAUGUCUCUAGUCAUGACAUUGUUGCCAAAUUGAUGACUGAAUUCAACAAGACAUUAGAAGAAGCCAUUACUGACUCCAAUUGGUUUAAACUAAAGCAAUUGUUGAGAUUUUAUGGUGAAUUAGUCAACUCAAAUGUGAUUUUACCUACCACCUACUGUGGUCUAGUCAAUGAUGUCUUGGCUCCUCUAGAUCAACCUAACCAAUUACGCCAACGCUUGGAUUGCUUUGUCUAUAUUGUAUCGAUGGCCUUGUUUUGGUGUGGUACAGAAUUAAACAAUCGUUGUCCAACUGAACUUGAACAUAUUUUGAAGAAGAUUGAAGAUUAUAUGCAACGUAGAGGCACUGUGGCUUCACUUGAUCUAUUAAAGCAUGAAGAGAAUGCCUCUAUACAUACUUAUGAAACAAAUACACUACAACACCUUUGGGAGAUGGUAAACAAGUGCAAAAAAGAUAAUUGGAAGACUCCUUUAAUUCCUCAGCCUUAUCGUUGGUUUGACAAGGAAUUUGCUUCAGCACUUCAACAUGAUUUACCUCGAUUUAUCGUGCCUAAUCAUCAUGAUGGUAUCAGUUAUAUUGCUCCUGUACCUCAUUAUCGCUUUGUCUUGGACUCUGAAGCACUAUCUCGUUAUGCAUUGCCUGAUAUAAGCAAGCCAGAAUAUUUUAUCUUGCAAGAAGCUGUCUCAGACACAUUACAAUUGUUUGAAGUCAACCGUAAAGACUGUGCCCGUUAUUUACUGGGUAUUGCAGCCAGUUUCAAUCCUAGACUAUUCAGGUCUGCACCAUCAGACUCUGUUAAGCCUGAACCUAUGGAAGAAGACAAAGGAGAAAAUCAGUCCUGGAGUCUCUCUGAUUUCUUGGUUGAGGCUGUAUUUUCCCAUAUGCUUCGUUUACCUUCUUCCCCUGCCCGCCAAGUGUUCUAUUCUUGUGUGAUCAUUGAACUCUGUCGUGCAGAGAGCACUACUUUCCCUAUGGCUCUGGGUCGCGGUCUUAAGACAUUAUUUACCAAGCUUGAACAUGUUGAUGUUGAAUGCAUUGCCCGUCUCUGGAACUGGUUCUCUCAUCACCUAAGUAACUUUGGUUUCCAAUGGGACUGGGAAGCAUGGUCCAAUGUACUUACACUGGACCCUAACCAUCCUCAAGUCUGCUUUGUACGUGAGACCCUUGAGAAAGUGAUCCGUCUUAGUUAUUAUGAACGUAUCAAGUCAGCCUUGCCAGCACCCUUUCAUGCAUUGAUUCCUGCUGCUGCACCUGCACCUAACUUUGCCUUUAAAGACGUGAAUGAUCCAUUGCAUGAUAAAGCCAAACACUUAAUUGAGUGUUUGCGUACGAAAAAGACAGCUGAUGAAGUACGUGUGAUUCUUGAUGGCUAUCGAGAAGAAUGGCAGGAUGAAUCUCAACAGCAAAUGCGACAUAUGUUUAUUCAGUGUUUAUUGUUGGUUGGGUCCAAGAGUUUUUCUCAUGUGUUGAAUGUGGUUGAACGAUACUUGGAUGUCUUGAGACUAGUGAAUGGUACACCUGAAGCACGUCUUCAUACAGUGCAAAUUGUGGCUUCUUUUUGGAAGAACAAUACGCAGUUCUCGGGUAUUCUUUUAGACAAGUUAUUGAACUAUCGUGUCAUUGAUCCUAUCUCUGUCAUCACAUGGGCAUUUGAGCCAGACCAAUUAGAAUCUGCUGGAAGAGCUUAUGUCUGGGAGAUCUUGAAGAACACACUGAGUAAAGUCAAUUCCCGUGUGGUACAAGUGAAGGCUAAACUCGAUAAUUUCCAGUCCCUUCAUGAUGCCAAUAAACUCAAGAGAGCAGGACAAGAGAGAAACGAGAUGUUGGAAGCAGAGGAACAACAAGAGAUGGACUCCUUACGUCUUGUUGAGAAUUCACUUGCCACAGUCACAAGAGAGCAAAAAGAAGUCUUUAUGGUUGUCUAUCAGAAAUUCACGCAUGUAUUACAAGAUCUUUGCAAGUCAAACACAUCAGAUAGUUGGACAUUUAAGUGGAUCUAUGGUUGGUUUAAAGAGAUGCUACGUGUGCACUAUCGAGAAUGUAGUUCAUUCAUGACUACAUUAGAAACACUUGUAUUUACUUCUGACUUGGAUCCUCGUAUUAACCAAGUGUUUGAGCAAGUCAAGGCAUUUAAGCAAGAAUUGGAUGCUAUUGUAUAAAUAAACAACAUGCCCAUUUUAAGCUUAUUUUUCUGUAUUUAGUGAAUUAAUCAGAGUGUGUAUUACAAACAACGCACGUUUCUGGGAUAAAGGAGUUCUAUGGCAUAAAAUAGUUGUACUACUCUACCCAUUGACAUUUGUUCAUAGCAUAUAUAAAUACAAGCUU